UUGGCGCGUGACGUCAGAAGGCUGCGCCGCGCUCCUUUGUGUUGUGGUCUGGCAGAUGAUGGCCUGUAUUAAGCAGGAGAAUGAAGGGAUCCAGAUUGUGGACGUGUUCACACUCAGAGAGCAGCACACCGACUUGACGGGGCUGAAAGAAGAGAAUGAAGAUGAAGAUCAGAAUGAGACGCAUCAAGAGGUUAUUACCGAGGACAAAUACUCACAGACUUCACAACAGAGAGUCUACAAGACUGAAACCAGGAGCCUGUUCAUCUGCCAGCAAUGCGGGAAGAGUUUCAACACAGAGAGAAAACUUAAAGUCCACAUGAAGAUCCACAGAGAGAAGCCUUUUACCUGCGCUCACUGUGGGAAGAGUGUUGGUGCUAAAGGAAAGCUGGAGAUCCACAUGAGGACACACGCAGGAGAGAAGCCGUACUCCUGCCAGCAGUGCUCCAAGAGCUUCAGCACACAGAGGAAUCUCAGCGAACACAAGCGUGAGCAUUCUCGAGAGAAGCCCUUCACAUGUGACGAGUGUGGGAAGAGUUUCAGACAACUACGAACGCUUCAAGUCCACACCAGAACUCACACUGAAGAGAAGCACGACUGCCCCGAGUGCGGCAAGAGUUUCGGGAAGAGAGGAAACCUGAAGACACACAUGAAAACUCAUUUAGAGAAGAAGCUGUUCGCCUGCCAGCAGUGUGAGAAGAGUUUUCGUAAGAAAUUUAAGCUGGAGAUCCACAUGAGAACACACACGGGAGAGAAGCCGUACUCCUGCCAGCAGUGCUCCAAGAGCUUCGCACGCUCAGACAGUCUGAGGAGCCACAUGCUGACUCACUCGCAGGAGAAGCGCUUCAUCUGCGAGCACUGUGGCAUGGCUUUCAACCGCUCGGCCCGGCUGAAGCUCCACAUGGACACACACGUCGCUGAAAACUCCACCUCCACAUGAGCGCUCACAGCGGAGAGAAGCCCUUCAGGUGUGAUCAGUGCGGGAAGGGUUUCCUUCAUUCAGCAAAUCUCAAAGCGCACAUGAGCAGUCACACCGGAGAGAAGCCGUUCACCUGCGCUCAGUGUGGGAAGAGUUUCACUAACCGAGGAAGCUUCUACACUCACAUGAGGAGCCACAGCGGAGAGAAGCCGUACUCCUGCAACCUGUGCGGGAAAACCUGGAAUCAGAAAACCAAUCUGAAGAUCCACAUGAGGGUCCACACGGGAGAGAAGCCCUUCAGGUGCGAUCAGUGCGGGAAACGCUUCACUCGAAAGGAGAGCCUUAAGAAGCACACCGGAGCCAACUGCUUCAUGUCUCCUGCGUGAACACACGCCACCAGCACAUUCUGAUAUUAAUAACGGGUCAUCGUGUGUCGACAUGAGGAAGACUGGCGCUAAUAAAGAAACUGUUUCCGGGUUUAUAUCGUUUAGGAACUCAGACUGUUUCAUAUCUGAAAUCUAUUUGUGUAUUGCUGCAGAUGUCUGAUGGAAGAGCGUGCAGAAUCAGUCAAAUUGUUUUAUACAUUAAGUAAACACUUUUGUUCAAAGCUACACAUGAUUAAUUGAAAACAGGUCAAGGUCUCCAUUCGACCUCCCACACGAUCUUAAUCCAGCAUCUCUGCCAUUCAGCCAAGAACCAUAAAGGAGGUUGCACAAGUCUUCACAUUGCUUUAUGAACAUCGCUCAGCAAUGUGGACACCUCCAAACGGCAUUGAAAGAGUCCGCGUACUGUAUUUAUAAGGUAUAAUUCACCCAAAAAUGUUAUUUCUGUCUUCAUGUAAUGUCCUAUUCGCGCUUGCGUAAUCACACGUGAGCUGAAUAAUUACUACUUUAGUAAACAGAUCCUGCAUAAGCUCAGAUGCACAGCUAAUAAAGUUGUAAAUAGCCUUCGGUUAUGUA